AUGUCGUCUCCAUCAUCAUCAUCCAUCCCCCCCAUGCCAGCCAUCAAAGUCGGUGGUCGUAGGCACUCCGUCUCCAAGAACAAGCAUGCACGCUCUGCAUCCAGAGACACUGGCAAAGCCCAGGAUACUGCCACCCCACCAGAAUAUCCUCGUCCAGCUGAAGGCGAGGCUCACGACGAGGCGCCCCAGCAAGACGAGCAGGCCAAGCGCGAGAAGAAUAAACGCGCAGAAUUCAACCAAGCCCCACAACAAAAGUGGGUCGACAUGUCUCACAAGAAGACAUCCAACUCGUUUGGCGGAGCUGGAAGGAUCAGUCAACCCGCUGGAAAGGCCAUGCCCUCGUAA